AGAAAUGAGAGCCCCUACGGCCUGCCUGGCCUCGACCCCCUAAGGAUGGACCCUUCUGUUCCCACUGCUGCUUCCCCUGUCCCAGCGCUGGCCCUAGCUCCAGCCUCUGUGCAGCCCCUCCGGGUGCUCCCUGGCUUAGUAAGUCCAUCGCCACUUGUCUCCUCUGGACAACAAGGAGGUGGCAGAGAAAGAGGAGCUUGUCUUUGGAGGCCCUGGCUGUCCUCUACAAGUGACCCGCCGAGGCAGGUGAAGAGACUGGUAGAUUCGGCUACUGGUGGGCCAACAGGUGCCGAAGUCACGAAGCCUGACUCCGAGUUCCAUCACCCUGUCAGGCUCUUCUGGCCCAAAUCCUGCUCCUUUGACUACCUGUACAGCGAUGGGGAGAUUUUACUGCAGAACUUCCCUGUCCAGGCAACCAUCAACCUGUAUGAGGACUCAGACAGCGAAGAGGAGGAGGAGGAAGAAGAAAAGGACAAAGAAGAGGAGAAGAAAGAGAAGACAGAUGGAAGGAGGCCAGAAGAGUGUGUGAGGGUCCCAGGGUCAGCGCCACACAGGGCCACAGCUCAUUUUCCUUCCGCGCUCCUGACAUGCCCAAACUGAACCGGUCAGAGUCUGACUGGGGUUCAGUGUGACUGGCAAAGCUCUAGAGCGUCACUGAGCCAGGAAUCGCCCGAUCGAGCUCUCUGGAUUGCAAGUUGGGUCCUUGAGGCACCAGCUCACUGUGGCUAUACUCAGCUGGCCUGUGAGCACAGGCCUCUGGCAUCUCAUUGUCUGGGUUGCUGUGGUGUAGACAGUGAGAGGGUCCGAGGAGCUCUAGGGGAAGACUUGCUUUCUGAAGCCCCCCAGAAGCAGAUCAAGACAGAGCAGAGGGGACCAGCUACUAUUUGGGGGUCUGUGUCUCCCCAGCAUUCCAGCUGGCCCCAGAGUCCCAUCUCCCCACAGAAAGCCUGACUUCUCGCUUCACCUCCCGGGACACCAACAUCGGAUCCAAGCAAAGUGGCGGCACCUCUCUGAGGAGCCUUGCAGGAGAGGAAGGGGUCAUCUAGGAAAUCGGAUUGCUUUGGGGACCUCCCUCCAUUUUGCCUGCUAUCCACUGGGGUCUGUGUGUUGGUAUGAAAUGAAGCAGGAGAAAAAUAAAUGAGAUGGUGUAUGCCCUUUUCCUGGAACUGCGCUGAUUUCUUAUCUGAACUCUGCCCAUGUUGUGAAGCCACAGGCAGAGGGUCAGAGACCAGCCCAAGGCCAAUUCAUCGCCCUACCCGAGGUCAGUUGACAGAGACUACUCC